AAAUCCACAUCCGGGUAUCCGUUAAAAAGACUACAGUGUUUUCAAAUGUUACUAGUUUUUUGACAGAUUUUAUUGCUGUCUACUUAUUUAAUAUCAACAAGAAGACGUAGCAGGGAUACUCACCAUGGCUUCCGCUACUUCAGGUUCCAUUCUCUUCUGCCAUAAUGAUUUUUGAGGAUGAGAUACAAAUGAAAGAGUACGUCAAGAUGAUGACUGAUAUGAUCGUGUUGUGUGGCACCCUGGCCAUCUCUCUUUCCUUCUGGAUCAUUUCCAUCACAGCCAGCACAUUCUAUGGCACUCUACGGCCGGUGUCACCGUGGCGAUGGUUUUUCUCCAUCCUGGUUCCUCUAACUCUCACCACACGGGCUGUGAAGAGGAAGAGUCUGGACCGCACGGGAGCACUGGGAGCCCUGCUGGUAGGAUUUAUCCUCACCAUGGCCAAUAUGAGUUUCUUCUCUGCCUUGCUGGCCUUCUUCAUCACUUCCUCCAAGCUGACCCGCUGGAAAGGAGAAAUCAAGAGGAAGUUUGACUCUGAAUAUAAAGAAGGUGGUCAGAGGAACUGGAUACAGGUGUUCUGUAAUGGCGGUGUUCCCACUGAGCUGGCUCUGCUCUACAUGAUUGAGGUGGGUCCUGGGGAGAUGCCGGUGGACUUUGGGAAGCAGUACUCGGCCUCCUGGAUGUGCCUCUCUUUGCUGGGGGCCCUGGCCUGCUCUACGGGAGACACCUGGGCCUCUGAGUUGGGGCCCGUUCUCAGCCGGACCCAGCCUCGCCUCAUCACCUCAUGGAGAGAGGUUCCUACAGGGACCAAUGGGGGAGUGACCCCAGUGGGUCUACUGGCGAGCUUCCUGGGUGGCCUGGUGGUGGGAAUGGCUUACUACCUCUCACAGAUUCUAUUUGUUAAUGACCUGCACCUGGCCGAACCUCAGUGGCCAAUCAUAAUAUACGGAGCCAUGGCUGGUCUUUUGGGGUCCAUGCUGGAUUCUGUCCUGGGAGCCCACUGGCAGUAUUCAGGUUAUGAUACAAGCAAUGGAAAGGUUGUGAACUAUGAGUCCGUCACAACUAAGAGGAUAUGUGGGAAACCCAUUCUGGACAACAAUGGCGUCAACCUGUUCUCCACGAUUAUCGUGGCGUUGGUUUUUCCUGGUUUUGCAUGGGGUUUCUGGCCUCAUUAGGGAAGGACACAUAGCUGAAGAUGUUUUUCUCAUUUCAAAUUUUUGUCUGAUUACUGGCAUAUAAUACUUAUGUAAUACUUUAUGUAAUGAUUAUUUGCAUUGACUGUUGAUUUUAACUUGUCAUUUGUAUUUGACAUAAUUGAUUUCCACAAAUUGCAUCAGUGAAUGGUUUGAUAGGUUACGGAUAUUUUAUUUCAUUUCAUACUCUUCUUAUGAGUAGGUCAACAUAAAUCACUGGAGAAGAGAUGGUAAGAGAGAUGUUUGUGUCACCAGUGGCUCCAAAACUACACAUUGUUCUGUAACAUUACAGGAUAAAGUCCUUCAUCAUUGUGCUUAACAAAUGUAUUUUUUUCGGUCUCUGCAAUUCUGUAGAAAGUGUUUGAGUGAGGCUGUUAGCAAGUAACAGGAAUUUUGCUUCUAAAGGUUUACCCAUAUUGGAUUAUGUGAAUGUUCAGUUAGAAAACAGUUAUGUUUACUCACUCUAGGACAGUGCUUUUCAACUCUGCUCCCAGGGGACUAAAAUAUAUAUUUGUUCCUCCACUAAGGGACAAAUUCCGACACUGGACCCAUGAUCAGUACAGUACAUAUAAGUACAUAUAAAAAACAGCUAUAGGACUAUGACCCUGUGUACACCAGUUGUUUGAUCAAGCAAGUAUUGUAAGGAUCAGCACAAUUGGACCUACUCCUAGAACUUCUGUGAAUACAGACCCAGGAUUUUAGGUUUUAUUAUGCAGUGGCAAUUCACUGAGUAAUUUUUUUUAACCAAUUGUUGGAGAUAAAUCUGUUUGAAAUUGAAUCGUUGUAAUAUAAGUAUAAUAAUGUGAAGAUUCUUGCUUCGUGGUUUGUAAAGGGGCGGUUUCUACUUUUUAUACAUGCCCGGCUAGCUCAGUCGGUAGAGCAUGAGACUCUUAAUCUCAGGGUCGUGGGUUCGAGCCCCACGUUGGGCGCACACUUUUGAAUCGUCUCCGAAAAGUUCUGUAAAACUUCAACGAGUGUGUUGAAGUUUUGUGGGGUUCUGUGGAUUUGACUGAAAGUUGUGGAAUUGUUUUUGGCCAUGAAUGUACGUAUGUACUGACGGUACGCAUUCAAAAAAGUAUAUCCUUAGCCUACCAGUGUUGCCAGAUACGGAAGGUAUCCUGUCAAUCGAACGUUUUGUGUGGAGUCCGCGAGUGAUUAAGCAGUAUACCGUCACUGAAAUCUGGCAACGCUUAUAUUGUAUAGUCAAGUGCUCUUAGAAAGUACGUUCACAUUAAGGCAGAGCGAUUGUGGGAAUUUCAAUCGUAGCAAAGCGGAUCCUGCACAUUACCCACACAUCUUUACAAAAUAACAGUUUGUUACUCAUUGACAGAAUAAAAAAACGUUUCUGAAAAUCAAAAUGCUGAAAAAUAGGGCUCCUGACUGAAUACAUUACUCUGGAGUGGAGUGGUUUAUGUGUAAUACAUUGUUCCUAGUAAAAGGCAAUUUGUAAUAUU